CCGCUGGCCGCCCUGCGACAUUCCUCCUGCCCUGGGGGACCUGCAGACCUGUUACAUUGAUCGUGUCCGUUCGCCUUUCCCUCGCGCUGUUUCCUGCUCUGCUUUUUUCAUUUCCGUCACUUCUCCUGGAUACUCCAGCGAUUCCGUGGAUACAGAGCUGUUCAUUUCCGUUUGGGACCUAAUCGGUCUCUCCGGGCGCAGCCGAACUGAUGCUGCGCUGCAGCUGGAAGUAGGGCGACUGCUACCUGGAGUUCAGAAGCCAAUGGGUGAAGCUCUGAAUGAUCCUUGUGGAGUUAGAGCCGUUGCUUGUAGCCAGCUGUGGUGUAGUCAUUAGCCUUUAAAUUCCUUUAAAUAGAAUCCGCUGCCUGUAUUCACAUUUGCAUCUGGUGCUCGUGGCACAGAGCCGGAGGAGAUGGAGCUGCAGGAGAUGGUGCUUGGCUUUCCCAAAGUCCGGCUGACUUCCAGCGUUUGCACUGUUCCAAGAGGAGCGUGUUGGAUGCCUGCACGUUGAGGCACAGGCACACGUGGCUUUGCCUGUUAUUCCAAGCCUGUUUGGUGUGCUGAAGAGCAGGUUGCUUUAGAGAAGAACAUGGGUAGCAACAGCUUCUUCCAAGUUUCUCCUAACCCUUGUUCGACUGUGCAGAUCUGAGCUCAGGGCAGUUCUCGGUGUCCCAGAUAGCAGGAGAGCACAGACACAUUCCCAGGUGUGGAGCUAUGAACUGCAGUAGCUGCUUACACUGACUGUCCAGUUUGAAUGACUCCUGUCCAGCCACAGAGGCUUGCAGGGAGGUCUCUAGCUGGGUACAGCUGAUCUGCUCAUGAGGGCAAUGUUUUCUCUAACACAGCUAUUUGUGCAAAGCAUUACAAGGAGAUCUUCACCUUGGCUGGUUUUAAACAUUGUCACUGACCUACACAGUGAGGUAAAAGUGCAUGGAAGGCUGCUGGCUUCUGUUUUGUGUAACUUCCAGGGACUUAACCUUGGUAUCAGCUUGCCUGAACAGCUACUGAGUUUUAACGUCCUUUGGGAAAUGGAAGUCCGCGGUGAAGAAGUCUGGAGGUGUCUAGGAUGUGGGGACAGCAUUGCUGCUGGUCAGCGCCUCUACAAGACUGUCAAUGAAGCUUGGCACGUUUCCUGUUUCCGGUGCUCUGAAUGUCAGGAUCCCCUCACUAACUGGUACUAUGAGAAAGAUGGGAAGCUGUACUGUCACAAAGACUACUGGGGGAAGUUUGGGGAAUUCUGCCAUGGCUGCUCUCUGCUGAUGACUGGACCUGUGAUGGUGGCUGGCGAAUACAAGUAUCACCCGGAGUGCUUUGCUUGUAUGAGCUGCAAAGUGAUCAUUGAAGAUGGGGACACUUACGCACUCGUGCAACAUUCCAGUCUCUACUGUGGAAAAUGCCAUAACCAGAUUGUGCUGACACCGAUGAUAGAAAAACACUCUACUGAGUCUUUGCGUGAGCAGCUGCCUUAUACAUUGACCCUCAUCUCCAUGCCAGCAGCUACCGAUGGCAAGAGGGGGUUCUCUGUGUCUGUUGAAGGUGGCUGCUCCAGCUAUGCCACUGGUGUCCAGGUGAAAGAAGUGAACAGGAUGCACAUCAGCCCAGAUGUCCGGAACGCCAUCCACCCUGCAGAUCGUAUCCUGGAGAUUAAUGGAGCUCCUAUUCGUACAUUACAGGUGGAGGAGGUGGAGGAGCUGAUCCGCAAGACAAGCCAGACGCUUCAGCUGCUGAUAGAGCACGACCCUGUCUCGCAGCGCUUGGACAGGCUUCGUCUGGACUCCCGUCUUCCCACACACAUGAAGGCGCCCAUUUCCCCACGCUCCCUCUCGCCACUGGACAUCAAGGAGAACCUGGAAGGAACGCUCCGACGGCGCUCCCUCAGGCGAAGUAACAGCAUUUCUAAGUCUCCUGGUCCCAGUUCUCCAAAGGAACCGCUCCUCCUGAGCCGUGACAUCAGUCGUUCGGAAUCCCUGCGAUCCUCUUCUAGCUGCUCCCAGCAAAUCUUCCGGCCCUGUGACCUGAUUCAUGGCGAAGUACUAGGAAAAGGAUUUUUUGGACAAGCAAUCAAGGUGACUCACAAAGCAACAGGAAAGGUGAUGGUGAUGAAGGAGCUGAUCCGCUGUGAUGAGGAAACACAGAAGACUUUCUUGACAGAGGUGAAAGUCAUGCGCAGCCUGGAUCACCCCAAUGUGCUGAAGUUCAUUGGUGUACUGUACAAGGACAAGAAACUGAAUCUCCUCACUGAGUACAUCGAGGGAGGCACCCUGAAAGACUUCCUUCGUAAUGCGGACCCGUUUCCCUGGGAGCAGAAGGUCAGCUUUGCCAAAGGAAUUGCCUCUGGAAUGGCUUACUUGCACUCCAUGUGCAUCAUUCACAGAGACCUGAAUUCACACAAUUGCCUAAUCAAGUUGGAUAAGACCGUGGUGGUGGCUGACUUCGGUCUGUCUCGGCUGAUUGUGGAGGAAAGGAAAAAGCCCACUUUGGAGAAGCCAUCGGCCAAGAAACGAACCCUACGCAAGAGUGACAGGAAGAAGCGCUACACAGUGGUUGGCAACCCAUACUGGAUGGCUCCAGAGAUGCUCAAUGGACAGAGCUACGAUGAGACAGUGGACAUCUUUUCAUUUGGGAUUGUUCUCUGUGAGAUCAUAGGCCAGGUUUAUGCCGACCCGGACUGUCUCCCACGCACACUGGAUUUUGGCCUUAAUGUCAAGCUGUUCUGGGAGAAGUUUGUUCCUGCUGAUUGUCCUCCAGCCUUCUUCCCUCUGGCUGCUAUUUGCUGCAGACUGGAACCAGAGAGCCGGCCCCCUUUUUCCAAGCUGGAAGAUUCAUUUGAAGCUCUCUCCCUCUACCUGGGAGAACUUGCCAUCCCCCUUCCAUCUGAGCUGGAGGAGCUGGACCACAACGUGAGUGUGCAGUAUGGACUGAACCGUGACAAGCUACCUGACAACACAACCUAGUCAGCUCAUCCUGCUGCCUGCCCCGCUUCAUUGGAGCUGAGUGACAGGGAGGGAGAUGCACUUCAGCCACUUCCAGGGCAUUAAUGGAGCACCACGCUGUGCAUUUGCUGCAUUGCCUCUCUCUCCCCACCCAACACCCCUCCUCUUGGACAUAUGAUUCACUGUGGAUUUUUGGCAUGUUUCAGAAGCAAAAUGGGCUGUUUCCUGCCAACUGCACCUAGGAAAGCUGCUCAACACUACUUUUAUGGCUUGAGAAGUGUUUCUCUGGCCUUUCCAGGCUUCUUAACUGUGGUGCCUUAGAACUUGGCUGCAAGCUGUGAAGCCACCCUGGCCUGUCUGCCAGGGAGGGAUUUGCUAUAGGAGACUCUCCUGGGUAAGGACCAGCACUUCUGGAACUGCUUCUCCCACUGACUACCCUGCACAGACAGCAGGGGAAAUUGGACAUCCAGCAAAAGGCCCCACCAGGACAGUGUGUGUGUGUGUGUGUGUGUUUGUGCAUGUGCUUUCCAGAAUAACCCACUGAGAUUUUGGCCUCCAGGUGCAUCACAGGGGAGGAAUUGAAAAGCCCCAGGAAUUGGGCAGCUCUCCUGAAAUACCUUGUCUGUGGGGAAGCGUGUAUGAAUUCUUGUUUUAGUUUGGUUUUGUGGGUUUUUUCCUGCCUCUGUCUCUGAAUACCUCCAAAAGCCUGCCUAGAAACACUAAGACUGAGCUCUGCUUGCCCCUCCUAAUGGUGAUCAAGGCAGGUGAGCUGCUUGAGCAUCUUCAGACCCUGAGCCUGCACCGUGAGUCUGCCUGCCCAAGAACCUUAACCUAGGUGAAAGUAUUUGAACCCGAAUGUGUAAAACUGUGCUAAGCACUGACUGUGGACAUCCCUGGAGUGCUGAAGCUGCCUGAGCUCUCGGCCUGUGGACAUGAGGUGACAGAAAGGGUGGCAGAAGAUUCUCUUCAGCAAACCAAGGGUUUGAAGUGGCUCAGACUUUGUGCAUGGACAAUGACAAAGGGGGAUAACCCCAGAGUUACUUAAAGGAUGGACUUGUCAUGAACAGAAAAGUGCUGGAGAAUGUCCCAUUCUCCCAGGAGUGGCAGCUGGAGAACUAAUAAUUCAGUUGCCAUUACCUCAUCCUUUCCUGCAGUUGCUCCCUUUGAAGGUCCUUCUUGCCUCUGCUGCUGCAGCACCUGAGCUGAUUCUCCAAGCAGAAACUUUCCUCAGGGUCAUUCCCUGCUUUGGGGGAGAAAAAAGGGCUUGGAGUCAUUGGGAGGGGUGUGUUUGGGGGGAUGUUCUCUUCCAGCACUUCUCUACUUCCUCCCUUGGAGGGAGAAGGAAGAAAGCUACUGCUGCAGUAGCUUACAUGGUUGGCAGAACAGAACAAAAUGUGGCUCAAGUCCUGCUCUCAAGUUUCACAGACACCUUGGUUUAACCUGAUUUUUAGUGUGAUCUUUUCUCUCCCCACUCCCUUCAGUAUUGAAUGGUGGGGAAUGGGUGUUAGUCUUUGCUGUUACUUUGAUUUCCUCCCCUACCCAUGAGUUUAAAGUAUUAUAUAACAUAACAUGGGACCAGCCAUCACCUGACAAAAGGUGUGAGUGUGGGGGUGUGAUUUUAGUCUGUGUAGUGGUGUUUUAGAAACACUGGGGGACUCCCUGUGCUGUGAGUCGGUGGAGGAGCCUCUCUAAACUGGGUCCAGUGGACUCAGGAUUGUUAAUAGGAUUUGCCCUUUCUUUUCCCCUUCCAGGUUGGUUUGUGAGGGGACCCCUGAAGGGGAGAGUCCUGGGUGAUGUGUGGGUGGGGGUUAUGAACUGUGAUUUGCACAGCUCCAUGUUCUAACUAAAUUAAAAAGCAUUAAACAUGCUACAAAAACAA